AUGGCACCCCCACAAGAGAUAGUCAACGCUGCCACGGAGCUUUCCAAGAUUCUGACGAAACUUGGAGUAGCCCAUGCCAUUAUUGGCGGUGCUGCGGUAAACAUGUUAGGGUCGGCGAGGGUUACAAAGGAUGUCGACGUCCUCGCGGAGGCUGAGGCUCUCCGGCAUCGCGAACAACUUCUCGGAAAUAGCAAUAGAUUCAGCAUGUCCAACGUACAACUCCUCUACACCAGCGAGAGUGGUGUUGUCAUACCAAUCGGAAUCCUUGAGCAAGGCUCCUUCGUCGGAAUGCCUGAGCUAGCCAACAUUCCGAUAUUAAAAAUCGAAACGAAAGUCCCGGUAGUCCACCCAGCAAUGCUAGUUUGCAUGAAGCUUUCAAGAUGGAACUGGAUUUCAGAUUCCACCCGACCACAGUCCGUCCUCAAAGCAGAUUCUGACUUCAAAGACAUUCUUUUUAUGUUGGAAUUACUCGCUCAGGGCGGUGAACGAAUAGAUUUCAGAGGAAUUGACGAAGAUCGCAUUGACAGGCAUAUGGAGUAUUUUCAAAAGCUUCGAUCCAAAUCCAAACGGGUAGAUGAGUUACUGAAGAUUGUCCUUGACUAA